UAAUACUAUUAUAUGGGACACUGAUCUGUAUACUAUCAUUGAUACGGGAUUGUUGUUUCGCAUGUAAUGUUUCGAUGGCGAUAGAAAAUCUGUGAAUCACAUUUAGUAAGAAAGGCGCUUUAAUCGGGAUGAUAGCUGAAACCUCAAAAUUGUGUCGUUAAGUUAAAUAAGCAUAUAUUGAAAAGAAAGAAAUAGGCAGUCAUAAACGUUGUAACGUAAAUAAACAAACUUGAAGCUUUUGUGCUUCUUUUUAUCAUUAAUUUUGAAAUAUUUAACUAGAAUUUUUAAUUUUGAAGCUUACAAUUAGAAUUUUAAACUCUAUCGCCUCAAUAACUCUUUUCAAAACUAUUGAAAAUAUUAAAAAAAAUAUUUAUUCCUGAAUAAAAGACAGUCAUUUUAAUUAAAUUUUGAACUUAAGGAUUAAACAAAUAUUGUUUCCUACAUGCAUUUAAAGCCUUACUUCUAAAAGUUGACUUAUCUCUGUUUGGUAGCACCAUUUUUUUAAAAAUAUUAUCUCGUUUUUUUAAUGGUGUUAAUAUUUUUUUACUUAUGAACAUUUAGAACACAAUGGAAGACAUAGAUAUUGAAGCUGAGUUGAAGAAAAUUAUAACUGAUGUAAAUCAAAUUGAUAGAGCGAUUGAAAAAUUAAAUAAUAGGAGACAAAAGUUACUGUCAAGAAAACAUACCUUGCAACAAAAGUUGCAAGAAAAUGCAACUGAGAAACUAGCGAAUCAAGAUUGGGAAAGAUCAGAUCACCCAUGGUCACAGAAAGUGGUUAAUACCUUAAAGUCUAUUUUUAAACUGAACAGUUUUCGACCAUUCCAAUUAUCUACUAUAAAUGCAGUUAUGUCCAAACAGGAUUGUAUUUUGUUGAUGCCAACAGGAGGAGGGAAAAGUUUGUGCUACCAGUUACCUGCUUUGGUGUUAGAAGGUAUUACAUUGGUAGUCUCGCCAUUAGUAUCACUGAUGGAAGAUCAAAUUAUGGCUAUGGAAGCCAUUAAUGUUCCAGCAGUUCUUCUGAAUGCAAAUAGUACUCGUGAGCAUGUAAAUCAUGUUCAUAAACAAAUGACUGAAAAAAAUCCCUCGAUUAAGUUAUUAUAUGUUACACCUGAAAAGUUGGCCAAAAGCAAGCGUUUCAUGUCAAAACUUGAGAAGAUGUACAAAAUGGGACUUUUUUCUUUGCUGGCUAUUGAUGAAGUUCAUUGUUGCUCACAGUGGGGACAUGAUUUUCGAACAGAUUACAAAUUUCUUGGUAUCAUGAAACGUCAGUACCCUAAUGUACCCAUUCUAGGUCUAACUGCAACUGCUACAUCAUCUGUAAUCAAUGAUGUUCAAAAGAUUUUGAACAUUCCAGGCUGUUUAGUGUUGAAAGCAUCAUUUAAUCGCCCUAAUUUGAAAUAUGAGGUUGUUUGUAAAUCUUCUGUUCAGAAAGAUAAUGUAACUGAGUUAGAAAACCUUCUGAGAAACCGUUUUAAUGGUCUUUCAGGAAUUAUAUAUUGCUUUUCAAUCAAAGAUUCAAUGGAAAUUGCUACUGAACUAAGGAAUCGAGGUAUUAAAGCCCGAGCUUACCAUGCACAGUUGGAUGCUAAAACUCGAAGUUCGGUGCACAAAAGCUGGUCUACCAAUUCAGUACAAGUUAUUGUUGCCACAGUUGCCUUUGGAAUGGGCAUUGAUAAACCUGAUGUCCGAUUUGUUAUUCAUUACUCAAUGCCAAAGUCAAUGGAAAAUUUUUAUCAAGAAAGUGGAAGAGCUGGUAGAGAUGAUCAACUAGCAACAUGCAUUCUUUUUUUCCGAUUUCCAGACAUAUUUCGCCAAAGUACUAUGAUUUUUACUGAACAGAAAGGACUAGAGCAUCUUUAUGCAAUGGUUUCUUACUGCCUUGAUUUAAAAAGGUGUAGACGAGCAAUUAUUGCUGAACAUUUUGGAGAACGCUGGAACUCUUCUGAUUGUAAUGAAAUGUGCGAUCAUUGUGAUAGACAUAGCCCAUAUGUAGAGAAAAUGAAGAAUGCUGCUAAAGAGUGUCAAGUUAUCUAUGACAUCUUAGAACAUUGUAAUAGGUUGGAUGAGCGCUUAACAUCACAAAAAUUGAUCGAUAUAUGGCAAGGUAAAGGCUCCCCCAAAUCACGCCCCCCUGGAUACACGCCUACCUCUCUUAGUCGAGAAAGCUGUGAAAGGAUUGUUGCCCUCUUGCUUUUAGAUUCAUAUUUAAUAGAAGAAUUUCACUUCACUCCAUAUUCUACUAUAAGUUACAUUAACACUGGAUCUAGAACGUUGCCUAGCAACAAAGAACUUUUGUUACCAAUGCCAGUUUUACGAACUAAAAAUGAUAAUUCUGUUAACGACAAUGCAGCUUCCAAAACAAAAGAGAUUAGUAAAGAGAGUUCAUCCUCAGUAAAAAGCCAACAAAGUACAUCGUCAAGUAAGAAAAUCAAGGACAAACUUCCACAAUCUCCCAGUAAAAAAGCAUCCACAUCUUCAUCUGUUUCGAGUAAGAACCCGGUAAAACUUUGUGUUGUGAAUGAGGUAAAAUCUCAUUUUCACAACGGUGUCCCUUCUAGCACAAAAAAAGAUUCACCUGCCAAUAGGGAUGGUAAAACUAAUAAAAAACGACGUACGCUUGAAGAAGCUGAACUGUCUGAUGGACUACAUUUUGAUGAUUUUGAAAUUUCAACAAAAAAGUCAAAAAGCAAAAACUCUAAUUCUAAUAGUGUGGAAGAAGUUCAUUUGAUUAAUGAAAGUGAUUCUGAAGAAGAUGUCUCUAUAGCACAUAAGAAAAAGAUUGUAAAUAAAUGUGUCCCAACCAUUACAGUUAGUGAUGAGAGUAAUUAGUCUGUAAAUAAAUUAUGUGUUUAUUUA